AUGACGGAAGAGGGAGCUGCGCUGCUGCUGCAGCAGCAGCAGCAGCAAAGGCGAGGAGGCAUCCUUCCGAUUCACUGCAGCUGCGCUGCUGAGGCAGCAAUUGCUGCUGCUCUAGACGAGCUGCUGCUGCUGCCAUCGCUGCCCCCCGUUCGUGCUGCAGUCUUCUUGGUAGACGAGGAGGAUUGUGAGCAGCACAGCAGCAGCAGCAGCAGCAGCAGCAGCAACGGCGCGCCUGCAGCAGCAGCAGCAGCAGGCGGCUUCUACUUCCUGCAGCGGGCAAAGCAUGCAACUAAUUUGCUGCAGCAGCUGCAGAGACACCCCGUGGGGGCCUCGCUAACGCACUGGGUCUCAAUAAGCUACAGAAGGGGCCCCGCAGCAGCUCACCCCGAGCCAGCAGCAGCAGCAGCAGCAGCAGCAGCAGCAGGGGAUCAGCAGCCUAAAGGUUCUGGGGCUUCUGGUGCUGCUGAUGCAGCUCGGCCGGCUACGCCGGGAGGCCGCUUAAGUGCAGAAGCAGCAGCAGCAACAGCAGCAGCAGCAGCCUCUGCUUUAGCUGCACCAGAGUUCCAGGGUUCCAAAGCAACUGCAGCAGCCGCAGCAGCAGCAGCAGCAACGGAGCAGAAUAUUUGCUGUCGGCCUUUGCUGAGGCUGCUGCCUUUGUCAGUUGGCCGUGCUGCGCUGCACGGGUGUCUUGCUGCAGUUGCUGCUGCUGCUGCUGCUGGAGGUCUCGUGGCUCGCGAGGUGUACAUACACCCUGCAGGAGAGCCCUGCUGCAGCAGCAGUAGCAGCAGCAGCAGCGAGCUCCCGGCUCUCAACAGCUGCUGCUGCUUAAACAGCUCGGCCCAGAGCUCUGCUGCUUGCUGCUGCAGCAGCGACAGCAGCGUGACAAUGGAGAGCCUCGUCAUUUCCGUGCUGUCAAGCCUGCUGCUGCAGCAGCAGCCGCAGCAGCAGCAGCAGCAGCAGCGGGUGCACGUGCUGCACCACCUGCCGCCAGCCCCCGACGAGGGCCUGCUGCUGCUGCUGCCCUUCGAGAAGCAAAGAAGACAAAAGAGAUUAGGAACUAAAGAAGAAAUAGAAGCAAUUCAAUGCAAAGUGCAUGCACUGUGUCUGCUGCACCUGCCUCCGGGUGUGCUGCUGCAGCAGCAGCAGCCGCUGCAGUACCUGGGGCUCGACAGCAUCAGCAGCAGGCGCCUCUUCUUCGCGCUUUGCUGCUGCUUCCAGCUGCAGCAGCAGCAGCAGCAGCAGCUAAACGACGAGUUCUUGGGGGCCCAGGCCUCUGUGCACUCUCUUACUCUCAAAAUUGCUGCUAUCCUUGCUGCUGCUAAAGCAGCAGCAGCAGCAGCAGCAGCGCCUGCCAGCAGGGCUAGAAGCAGGGCUAGCAGAUGCAGCAGCAGAUGCAGCAGCAGAUGCAGCAGCAACAGAUGCAGCAGCAGAUGCAGCAGCAACAGAGCCACUUUCACCUCGGGGCAGUCCAGCAAACGCAGCAGCAUCAGCUACUCAGCUGCUGCGCCUGUGCAGCACCAACACUAG